AUAAGAGCAGUGAUACUUUUUAAUGUGAAUAGAUUUAUGAUCUCUGGAAUGGGUUAAGCUAUAGAGGCAGUGGCAUUGGGACUGGGGACUUGGGUGUCCGUGGUUGGUGUCCCAUAGGACAGUGCGAGUGAUUUCCCGUCAAGGUCUUUGGCCUCUCUGGGCCUCAGUGUUUUCCUUGUGAUGUUGAAGGACUGGGUUCGGGUCAUGGAGCUCAGAGGAAGUACGGAUAAACAACGCUUCACCUUCACAGGCUUCUUCCACCUGUCACAUGCCUGGCUCCCUGAGACCUCCCCCUGCAUGUGGUGGUUCAGUGAUCAGUGAGGCCUAAGGGUCAUUCCGACAUGGACUCCACUCCCCCCCAUCUGCCAGGAGAACCUCUGCAGUUUUCUCAGUGCUUUGAGUUUGGCCCUUCUGUGGAACGGGAAUGUUGGGACCUACUCACAGUGAGGGCUUCGUGAAAUAAGGACACAUGCCUGGGGGUGGAGUGCAUAAGAGAUGCACCUCUCCUCCUGCUCUCGGAGUUCUGUUAAAGCAGCAGCAGUUACAAGCUCAGCAUCUUUCUCAUGGCCAUGGACCCCCAGUCCCCCUAACGCCUCACCCUUCGGGACUUCCGCCGCCUGGGAUCCCGCCCCUGGGCGGCAGUGCCGGCCUUCUGGCGCUGUCUAGUGCUCUGAGUGGGCAGUCUCACUUGGCAAUAAAAGAUGACAAGAAGCACCAUGAUGCAGACCACCACAGAGACAGAGAACCUGGCACAAGUAAUUCCCUCUUGGUCCCAGACAGUCUACGAGGCACUGAUAAACGCAGAAAUGGGCCUGAAUUUUCCAACGACAUCAAAAAAAGAAAGGUGGAUGAUAAGGAUUCCAGCCACUAUGACAGUGAUGGUGACAAAAGCGAUGACAAUUUAGUUGUAGAUGUGUCUAAUGAGGACCCUUCUUCUCCGAGAGCAAGCCCCGCCCACUCACCCCGAGAAAAUGGGAUCGACAAAAACCGCCUGCUAAAGAAAGAUGCUUCCAGCAGCCCAGCAUCCACCGCCUCUUCAGGAAGUUCUACUUCUUUGAAAUCCAAAGAAAUGAGCUUGCAUGAAAAAGCCAGCACGCCUGUUCUGAAAUCCAGCACACCGACGCCUCGGAGUGACAUGCCCACACCGGGCACCAGUGCCACUCCAGGCCUCCGUUCCGGCCUCGGCAAGCCUCCAGCCAUGGACCCCAUCGUUAACCAGGCGGCGGCUGGCCUGAGGACGCCCUUGGCAGUGCCCGGCCCAUACCCCGCCCCAUUUGGAAUGGUGCCCCACGCGGGCAUGAACGGCGAGCUGACCAGCCCCGGUGCCGCCUACGCCAGCCUCCACAACAUGUCCCCGCAGAUGAGCGCAGCGGCUGCUGCUGCCGCUGUGGUGGCCUACGGGCGCUCCCCCAUGGUUGGGUUUGAUCCCCCCCCUCACAUGAGAGUACCUACGAUCCCUCCCAACCUGGCAGGAAUCCCUGGGGGGAAACCUGCCUACUCCUUCCAUGUGACAGCAGACGGGCAGAUGCAGCCUGUCCCUUUCCCCCCCGAUGCCCUCAUCGGACCCGGCAUCCCCCGACACGCUCGCCAGAUCAACACCCUGAACCACGGGGAGGUGGUGUGCGCAGUGACCAUCAGCAACCCCACGAGACACGUGUACACGGGUGGGAAGGGCUGCGUCAAGGUCUGGGACAUCAGCCACCCCGGCAAUAAGAGCCCUGUCUCUCAGCUUGACUGUCUGAACAGAGAUAACUACAUCCGUUCCUGCAAAUUGCUCCCCGAUGGCUGCACUCUGAUAGUGGGAGGGGAGGCCAGCACUCUGUCCAUCUGGGACCUGGCCGCCCCGACCCCUCGCAUCAAGGCGGAGCUGACGUCCUCGGCCCCUGCCUGCUACGCCCUGGCCAUCAGCCCCGACUCCAAGGUCUGCUUCUCCUGCUGUAGCGACGGCAACAUCGCCGUGUGGGACCUGCACAACCAGACGCUGGUGAGGCAAUUCCAGGGCCACACAGACGGGGCCAGCUGUAUUGACAUUUCUAAUGAUGGCACCAAGCUCUGGACGGGCGGCCUGGACAACACGGUCAGAUCCUGGGACCUGCGUGAAGGGCGGCAGCUGCAGCAGCACGACUUCACCUCACAGAUCUUCUCCCUGGGGUACUGCCCCACCGGGGAGUGGCUGGCCGUGGGCAUGGAGAGCAGCAACGUGGAGGUCCUCCACGUGAACAAGCCCGACAAGUACCAGCUGCACCUCCACGAGAGCUGUGUGCUGUCCCUGAAGUUUGCUUAUUGUGGUAAGUGGUUUGUGAGUACUGGGAAAGAUAACCUCCUCAACGCUUGGCGGACCCCCUACGGAGCUAGUAUAUUCCAGUCCAAAGAGUCCUCAUCUGUGCUCAGCUGCGACAUCUCUGUGGAUGACAAGUACAUAGUCACUGGCUCAGGGGACAAGAAGGCUACAGUCUAUGAAGUCAUCUACUGAAAACAUUAUGUGGUUUAAUGUUUAUAGUUGAAUUGGGCCAAAAUGUUUUGAAUUUGUAGAAAUAGAAGAGUUGUAACUUUAAAAACAAGAAAACCUGUUUUUAAACCUUGACACAAAAUGACUUUGAGUCUACAAAGAAGAGGUGACGCGUCCAUCAACUGAAGGUCAUCUAUCUGCCUAGACCAAAUGGAGCACCGAGGCCAGGUGGACAGAGGGGCCAGGGCUGCGGGCUUGAGGGACAGAGCCUGUGGCCCAGGCAGAGCCGAUCCUUUUCUUUCUGUGUGAUCUGCACAGAUUACCUUUCUGUUCCUUGCGGUUCCCCUCACGUUCCGUCCUUGGUAGCGCAGUGGUGUCUCCAAUGAACUUGUUUCCUGGUUUUGCAUCUUGUGAAAUGUUUUUUUGUAUUUUUGUUGAAGGUUAAACAUUUGUAUAAAUUGUAAAUAUAUUUGGUUUAUUACAGUAAAGGCUUUAGUACCAAUAA